CGUCAGUGUGCAGCACGCGCUGGUUAAACCGCGAACAGUAGUCUCUUGAAGUCACGUGUCUAUGGCGAAGUGUAUAUCCUUCCGGGAAUUUUGAGGCUCGGAAAAGGAAAGCAAAGAUGUCAGCAGUCUUGGUUGUGCAUGGUGGGGCAUGGGCCAUACCGGAUGAACUGGCCAAGGCCUCUGUUGAUGGAGUAAAAACUGCAGCACGAGAAGGAUUUUCAGUGCUGAAACGAGGAGGAAGUGCAGUGGAUGCUGUUGAAGUGGCUGUGAGGUCUUUGGAAGAUAACACUGUGUUUGACGCAGGUACAGACGGUUUUGCUCAGUGCUGUGAGAUUUAUUUAAUGUUUCAACUUUGUCUUACCUAUUUUCUUCCGCAGACAUCCCAUGUAAUGUUGACAAGCCAAGGUGCAAACUUGUUUGCAGAAAGCAUUGGUAUAAGCACAGUCCCCACUGAAACCCUGGUGACUGAGUAUGAGAGGAGAGAAUGGGAGAAGCACAAGAAUUACAUGACUGGAGUAAUAGAAGAUUUCAACACUCAAUGGGCUCAUGAUACCGUUGGGGCGGUAGCUCUCGACUCUGCUGGUAAUGUUGCAUGUGCAACAUCAACGGGAGGGAUUAGGAAUAAAAUGGUUGGAAGAGUAGGAGACUCCCCAGUCAUUGGCUGUGGAGGAUAUGCAGACAACUUGAAUGGUGCAGUAUCCUGUACCGGCCAUGGAGAAUCUAUUCUUAAAGUCACACUGGCCAGACUCAUUCUUUCAAAAAUUGAACAAGGUAAAUCAGUAACAGAGGCUUCGCAGAUGUCUCUGCAGCACAUGGGAGACCGUGUCAAAGGAGCCGGAGGUGCAAUUGUUGUUUCUCCUUCAGGCCACUGGGCUGCCACAUUUACCACUGAGCGAAUGGCUUGGGCUGCUGUGGAACAGGACGUACUGUGGUAUGGAUUAGACCCGCAUGAGAGAUUAAAAGAGCAGUUGCCCCAGUAAAAGCAAUAAAAAAAAUAACACUUAUUUCUUCUUAUUAAUCACUGUGCAAUGUGAAACUUUUCUUAUAUAAUUUAAUUUUAUAAUUUUUAACUCACUGUUUCUAACUUGUAUUAAACAAAUUUGCUACAACAUAAAUAAAAUCCAUUUUUUUUUAUUUUAAAGGUUGAAUAUUAAAAUAAGCAUUAUAUACAUAUACUGUGAAAAUGUGGUUAAAAAAAAACAAACAUUUUUAGAGAUUGAAGUUUAGUAAGUGUUAAACAUAGAAAUGCAUGACUCAGUGCAUUUAUUUGUUUUUAUUUUGAUAAGAAAAUCUUUGCUCUUUAAUCUUUGAAUCCUGGAUCACAUUUCCAAGUAAAGGAUGUCUGACUUAAACGUUUUUCCUAAAUUUUGUAAUGAAAAAUUACUUUAAAGUUACACUGUUUGAAAGACUGUAUUGAAGUAAUGUUAGAUCCUAUUGUGGUAGGUAAAGUUGCACUGAGUGAUGACUAAUGGAUGAAUGCAAUAAAGGAUAUAUAUAGUAUGUG